AUGCCUCACAAACACACUCGGCGGGACCAAGAUGCCUCUAUCUACGACCUCCCCCCAGACCGCAUCGCCCGGCCACUGCCUACAAAACCAGCCAAGACCGAGUCGGCCAAGACGAGCACAACCAAGUCGAGCAAGGCCAAAGGAGGCAAGGGUGCCACCGCAACAAGUGCCGCCGCAAGACGGAAACGCGAGGCCAACAAGGACAGCAUCAGCGCCAGUACCAAGGCCAGCCAUGACACACCGCGCGCCUUCCGCCGGCUCAUGUCCCUGACAGGCGGCAAGCGCGUUCGACAGGGCCUGGACACGGGUGUCGUGGAGACGAAGAAGCAGAAGAAGCAGCGGUUAGCAAAAGAGCGGGCAGCAGCAGCAGCGGCAGCGGCGACGACGGCCGGGGGUGACGAUGAAGAGGCUGGCGCGCCCACAACGCAGGCGGCAGGAGCAGCAGCUGCAGCUCCUCCUCAUUCUACCUCUGCCUCUGCUUCAGAUGCUGCGCCCACCGAAGCCCUCACAAUCCGCCCUGGCGAGCGCCUGUCCGAGUUUGCCUCCCGCGUCGACGCGGCCCUGCCCCUCGCCGGUCUCGUCAAAUCGUCUACGCCCGGCGGCGCCGGCGGCAAGGACCCGCUCGGCAUCGCCAAGACGUACCGCACCAAGCAGGAGCGCAAGCUGCACAAGCUGUACGACCAGUGGCGCCUGGACGACGCGCGCAUCAAGGAGCGCGAGGCCGAGGCCCGCGAAGAGGCCGAAGAGCGCGAGGCCGAGCUCGACGAGACGCUGGGCGUUAAGUGGCGCCUCGACUUCCAGCAGGGCCUGGCGACCAAGCAGGGCGGCGGCGCCAACGGCAAGAAAAAGAAGAAGCAACUACAAACGCUGGGCGGCAGUGCCAACAACUACGGCGCGGCCGACGACGACGACGUCUGGGCCGCGUUCAACCGCAAAAAGGCCGCCGCUACCCAGAGCACCGUGCGCGCUGGCGUCCACGGCACCGUCGCCGCGCCGCCGGAGCUGACCAAGAUUGACAGCAGCAAGUUCAAGUUUGCGCAGCAGAAAAAGGCAGGCGGCGGGCAAGGCAGUGCCGAGGUGGCGGCGGCGGUGGCCCGGCUGAAGGUCGGCACGUCGGCCAAGAAGGGCGUCAACCGGCGACUGGGUGCCGUGGCCGCGGGCCGUGUCACGAAACCCGGCGAGCGGGCCCGAGGCAAGGGCACGCGGGUCCUCCCAACGUGA